CUUCCGCUCCGCCCGUCACGUGUGGAACUGGAUGGUACGGUCCUUCUCCACCCUUGUUUUAAAAUGGUAGGGUCCGGAGCGCGUCUCGUCGUCAUGGCAGCAGAAGUAGCGGUGAAAGGAUCUAGUAGUCGCUGGACUGUGCCAUGGCCGGACUAUCGGGGGGCGCCGACCCUGUGGGCCGCAUACUGGUGCAGGUUCAGAAUGACUUGGAACACUUAAAGAAGAAUCUGGUACAUACAAGUCAAGAGAAUGGCAUUUCAGUGGAUGUCCAAGCCCUGGAGACUGCUAUCAAAAGGACUGAACUGGGAUUAAAGAAACACACCCAGGACUACCUAAACUACAUCAACUGCAGCCCAAUUACUAUUUUGCAGGACAAUAAGGAGAAGUAUGCAUCACAUGUCUCUAAAUGGACUUCUCAGCAUGAAGCUGCAAAACUGAACCCAAAACCACUUGUUUCAUAUUUGCUUGAUACUAGACCACAUCCUUCUACAAGUUACUUAUCACCCGGGCAGCAGCACAAGCUGAUCCUGAGCACACGUAUCAUGUGUAAUCCUGAGAACCUGACUCACCGAAACCUCCUCAACCAGAGCUAUGGGAUCAGCCUGCCCCUGAUCAGCAGCAAACCAAAAACAUCUGUGCCUAUUGAACGGAUUGCCAGAGGCCCCACUGUCAGUCAUCUGUCGGUAUUACCAGCCUCUCAUCGUAUGGACGCCUCUCUACCUCCACCACCAGUGCAUGAAAAAGACAUGCAGAAAGGAGUCCUGAGUCUGAUACAGAGAGGCCUUAUUCCUCCAGCUGCUCGUCUUACCUUGGUUCCUCCUGCUAUAAAACAACAACCUGUGCCCCUCCAUGGUGCCCAUGCUAGAAGAACAGCUCCACUUACACAUGGCAAAGCAGCCAGAAAUCCGAUGAAGACAUCAGACCCAUUUUCUGAAGGUGAUCACAUCUAUGACAACACAAGCAGUCAGCUAUCAGAAAGUGGUUUAGGGACACCUUCAACACCUCACAAUGUGUCAGCCAAAACUACAAGGACAUCUACAAAUGGAAACUAUAAGGAGCAUCAGGGUCGGAUAUCUCCACAGUCACAGGAUGGAUGGGCAUUAUCCCCAGUUACUCCAGACACCGGUCACUGCCUCACCAUCUAUAAUGGAUUAAUUGACCCUAAAGCUGCCGACUUUAUGGCCUUUGAGCAGCAUUACUGCCUCAGCUGGGAUAGCUAUAUGACCUUUUUGGAGAGCUUACAGAAGUUGCUCCAGGACUAUGCCAUACCUACUGCAGUGGUAAAUGGAGACAAGAUGAGAACAGCUACACUGGAUCAAGAGCUGGGUAGGAAACCAUCAGUUUCAGAGCUUUUAUCUGUGUUAGAAAACAGAUCUUGGGUACAGAAGCUCCUGUGUCGCCCUGGACAGCGUUAUAAGGGAAGAGAUGGGAAGGAGGCAGCAGCCACGAAGAUCCAGGCCACAUGGCGUGGCUACAAGGGGAGAGUAGCAUAUCUAGCUUAUCAACGGCAAAGGUGGGCUGCUGGUGUUAUAGCAAUUGCUUGGCUCCUGCAUGUGCAAAAGUCCCGUGUAAAGAAAAUGUUACAGGAGUCCAGGGAGCAUCACUUGCAGAACUUCCGAUCCCGCGGGAAGCAUCUGGCAUCCAACUGGAAUCACAUCAGGACGUGCAGGAGGAGCAUUAUCCAUAUCCCAUCAUUAGGCUAUCCUGAAGCCCAGAGAACCCAAACCCCUGACUUGCAUAUCCUGCAGAACCUGCAGAUAGGGCGACUGAGCGACAUAUCAGACCACAAUGUGGAUGUCAUCUAUAUUUCCCCUGUGAAACUGGAUGAGGAGACAGAGCAAUAUUACCGCAAGCUUCUCGGUCUGCGGGCAGCAGUGUUAUCUGGGAACCCCCAGGAUGCCACCGAGCUGCAUGACAGAUUUACCAUUCUCAUCCCUGAGGCUGUGGACAGAUUCCCUAAUCACCAUAUGUGCCUUUCCACUCUACUCAAGUACAGUCCAAAGACCAUGCAGCGUAUUCGCAACUUGACUCAAGGCCGGGAGACCUACAUUGUUGGAAGAGUCCCACAUACUGAUGAUCUGGCUGUGGCAGAUAUGCUUGGUGUCCCUAUUCUGGGUACUGAACCCAACGUGGCACAUCUGUAUAGCACCAAGUCUGGAAGUAAGCGCAUCUUUGCGAGUGCCAACAUCGCCACUCCCCCUGGAGAAUAUGACAUCUAUAACCAAGAACAGUUCUUCAGUUCUCUGAGCCAACUCAUAAUCGAUAAUCUGCUGGUGACCCGUUGGUUAUUUAAAGUGGACAAUGGAUUUGGCAGCAAUGGGACCGCUUUCUGCGACAUUGCUACACACCUUCCAUGUUAUUCCUGGGUGUUGAAAGAGUGCAAGCGGUAUGGUGCAGAAACCUGGAAGCAGAAGUGGGCACAGGAAAAGGCUCUGCAGAGGGUUGCACAGGAACUUCCUAAAGUCUUGGAGCACUAUGCGCAGGCAGUGAACAGGAGCCAUUAUCCUACAUGGGACAAGUUUCUACAGGUGUUAGUGAGCCGAGGAGGAGUGAUUGAAGCUUUCCCACCAGCAGAGAGCAUUACCUGCCUUACUAUAGAUCUGCUGAUCAACCCAGAUGGAGAAAUCCAGGUGUUAUCCUGUGGGGACCAGAUCCACAGCUCCAUCCCAUUGCAGUCUGUAGGCAGCUCUGUUCCUCAGUGCUCAGUGCCCUCCGAUAUACUGAUGUCAAUGUGUAGUAGCAUUGGAGAGGCCUGCAAAACCCGGGGAGUACUUGGAUAUUUGUCUGUAGAACUACUAACAUUUAUAGACCCUCUAAGUCUGGAGCAGCAGAUUUGGGCUACAGAUUUAGACUUGUGUUACAGUGAUCAACUAGCAAUGACCCAACUCCUGCUGUAUUUUACCAAUGGGACGCUGGACUGUAAAAACAGCCGUCUGACUGUGCCACCUGCUCCUAAGAAAGUGGAACGCUCCAGACACAAAGCUAAACCAGCAGAGCCUAUAAUUUUAGACCGAGUUGCCGUUCUCAGCACACGCUUGCUUCACACAAACCUUUCACUUGUAUACUACAAUGUCUUCUUCCAGAUGUGUAAAGCCCAUGGUAUUGGUUAUGAUGUUAAGGAAAAACAGGGGACGGUGUUUGCACUCUUGGAAAACCAGAAACGGCAUCGAAUAGGCAUGAUGAGCAUUGCUGAGGACCUCCAGGGAGCACUGAUGACCUUUGCACGCAAUCUGUUCAUCAUCCAUCAGGAAAUCUCGGCCCCGAACAUGCAGGGAGAAACUAAUUUCAAGGACACAGUACAGGAAAUUGAAGCAAUUCUUGGAGUUACAGAAGAGAAUAAACUGCAGUUUGAAGAAUAAUGUCAGUCCAUUCUAUGAUUCCCUAUAGCCACUGACCUCAGAAUAUUCUUAUGAAAAGGUCAACUGUGUUGGGAAGAAAGAGCAUAUUAACCGGCACUUAAUCCAGAUUACGGAACAGAUCAUGCUAUUUUAAUCACCAUUUAGAAUGUAUAUGUGGUUCACAUAUAAUUGUAUCUUCUAUAAUCUGGUCCAAGAAGGGUAUUAUGAAAAUCCUAACUAACAAGGGGAUGGUUUUCUAGGUUAAAUAAGGACCACACGUAGCACCGAAAUAAAUGUGAGAGCUGACAACAUGUACAGAUAGCCUGUUUGGGAUCAACCGUAGAAAGCGUAUACUCUAUCCGUGUGUUCCGGAAUACAGUGAUCCUGCACAGCUAACAUUAUAGUAUUUCUCCAUGCUCUGCUUCUAAUCCUAUGGAUGAUUUUGUGCACCAGUAAAAUUUUUUGUUGUUAUCAUAUGGUGUGUUUCAUAUAUUGUAUGUUGUGAGAUGUUUGGCAGGAAUGGGCAAUUAUCAGUCAGAAAAUGCUGCCUGGAUCUUUAUUGAAACUAUGUGUAGUGCAUACAGCAGUGUUUCCCAACCAGGGUGCCUCUAGCUGUCUGGGCAUGCUGGGAGUUUGUAGUUUUGCAACAGCUGGAGGCACUCUGGUUGGGAACCACUGGCAAUAGUGUUUUUUGCUGCGUAUUUGCUGCUGCAUAUUUUCCUACCCAUUGAAGUUAAAGGACAUCUGCAGCGAAAACAACUUAUCCCCUAUCCACAGGAUAGGGGAUAAGUGUCUGAUCGCAGAGGAUCUGACUGCUGGGACCCCCCGCGAUCUCCCGAACGGGGCCCCCGGAUUGCCGUGCUGUGCAUCGGCCAAUGCGCGAAGCAUCGACCUCAGUGAGGUCGAUGGUACGCCCCCUCCCCAUACAGCUCUAUGGGAGAGGUGGGGAGGCACGAACGCUACUAUCCCCGACACUCCCAUAGAGAUACAUGCAGGGGGCGUGUCGGCUGCAAUGCCAUGUUGCUGCCAACACGCCUCCUGCACGGGAGAGCUGUGGCCCCAUGCAGGAGAUUGCGGGGGGUCCCAGCAUUCGGACCCACCGCGAUCAGACACUUAUGCCCUAUCCUGUGUUUUCACUGCAUAUUUCCUUUAAUGGGUAACAAAAACAGCUGCUGAAAAUAUGCUGCAAAAUUCGGCAUGUGUGACCCCACCCUUAAGGGUCUAUUAUCUAGUAUCCUGUACAUAUUUGAUGCGCAGGAUUUAAAGCUGCAGAUUUGAUGCUGUCUUAUGUCAUUUAGUUUACAUUGAAAUCUGCAGCAUAAAAUCUGCAGCUUCAAAUCCUGUGCAUCAGAUAUGUGCAGGAUACUGUAUGUGUGAAUGUACCAUAAAAAGGUUUUGUUAUCUCUCCUGUCAACUUUAGUAAAUACUUGUAUUUGUCUUCUGGAAUAUAACUCUGCAUUGUGAUGUUCCUCUGUAAUUCCUACCAGAAAUUUAUGAAUAAAUGGACAACUGGGUGUUACCAGUCGGACUUGUCCCUACAUAUUCUGAUAUUGUCUUAUCAGUGCAGACAGUGCCAGACUAGGUAGAGACACAUCCCUUUGACAAGGAGAAUGGCAACACCCAGCUGUCAAUGUAUUCACAGGUUUUUAGAAAGAAUAACAGUGGAUGCAUUAAGAAAGUUUUAGGAAACAAUGUCCGAAUAUUUUUAGCAUUCUGUGUUCUGAUUCCAAUGGUGUAUUUACUUUCUUUUUAUGCCCCUCCCCCAACUGUCAGAUGGGUGGGAACGUUAUUGCAAAAUGGGGUGUGACUGCUAAACUAAGGGAAUGGGGUUAGGAGCUUUAUAAUGACACCCUCUUAAACACAAUGCAUGCCUCCUUAGCCUGUCAAUAACAUCUCCCUCAGCCUAGCAUUCACACCAUAUUUUGCAAUAAAGUUUGCACCCAUCUUACAGUUCAAUGGUCACUUUCAGAAUCAAAAACUUUUUAUAUGUUUUACAUCUUGGCAAAACAGAACAUAAUCCUUCCUGGCUGCAGCGUCAUCUUUGUCCCAGAUAAAGCACAGGCUGGGACAAAGUCCAGUAAUUGAGGGUGGACUAGCACUCUUCUGUGCUCACUCCUGUCCUGUCAGACUCCUGUCUUAAAAUAAAGAGAAGGGGGUUACAGAGCAGCUUGGAUGAAGUGAUUGGAUGAAGAGACCCAGUACAGCUGGUCAGUGUGGGCUAGCUCAGUGCUUUCCUCGGACAUGCCCCUUCCUGAGCAAUGGAUGUCAGAGUGAGUGAGCAGCAGAACAGAGGAAUUUGUACAAAAAAAAACUAGACACAUAAAAAAGACAUGUAAAAUAAUCUGCAUGACCUAAUGAGUAUCAUAUAUAAGCACUAUUUUUUUCUGUGAUAGUCAACCAAAGAGUAAAACCCCUUAAAACUCUGCAUUGGAGAGGGGUAACAAUUAAGUAAAAACAAUGAUUAAAUCAGAACAUCCAUGGCUAUAAAAAUAUAUAAUACUUUUUUUUUUUUUUUACUAACCACAGGGGGUAGAAAGGGGAGCACCAUUGUCCUACAUUUAGUGCCUGAACCAAUAGAGAGGCAGCUGAACAUGAUGCAGUGGCAUUCCCCUUUAUUUAUUGAACUUAAGGUGUAAGGUGGUGUAAUGUGGCCAGUGUAUUACUUGGGCACUACAAUAUGGUAAGUAUUAUAUUCAUAUUUAUAAUAUUAGUAAAUAACAUUUUAGAACAGAAGCUAAAAUUUGGUAGCAAUAUUUUUUAUUAUUGUUCAUUCCCACACAUAUUUAUCGGCGUAUAACACGCAGGCAGGCUUUUUGCCUUAAAGGGGUAUUCCAGGCCAAAACUUUUUUUUAUAUAUCAACUGGCU